AUGUACGCUGGAGGGAUCUUUUACUGCACCUCGUACACUCAAAAUUAUCCGUGCAACCCAUCGUUCGCCAUCUUUCUACUCGGGCUAGGAAGCUACAUGGAGCCAGCCAUCAAUAUCUCGUUAUUCUGCCAACUUGGUAUGUCAAUGAAUCGUUACUUUGCAAUAUGCCAUGAUGGCAAAUACUUCCACAGAACGAUCAAGCUUUCCUAUCUUCAACUAAUCGUUGCAUUGCUGGCGCCCUAUGCUUUCUAUCAUGGUAUCGUUUGGUUGACAGCGCAUGCGCCGAUUGUUAGUGCUUACGUGGAAAUCUUUCUCAUCACGCUCUUCAUCUCGAUAUUGGUUUCUCUGGAUUGGAUAACUUUUUACAAACAUCAUGGUCGACAAAGUAAAAAGCGUAAGCAAGCCGAGAGGCGACUAGCGAUUCAGAUGGUUGGGAACAAUUUCCAAUUUGUUCUCCACUAUUACUUUGUCAUCUUUACAAUGAUCUUGAUUGUUCCACUAAAUUGGGCGGCUUUCCAAUUCCUAAAUAUUGUCGACAAAUUGAUCAUGAACGCGGUGGCACAGUUUUGGGGAGGAUUGUUGACAACAGUUUGCCUUUGCCGUGGUCGUGGAAACAAAGUACAACAAAGCAAACCGAUCGUCUCCUCAAUUCUUGUCGAGUCGAGAAAAUCUCAUACUCAGAUUUCUCGAGUCAGCCCAAAAACUACGUCGAUCAAUACAAAGAUUUCU